AUGAUUGAGGCCGACGCUCUGCUUCCGCAUGAGAUCAUAGAAUAUGUCUACGAUUGUGAUGAGUUGCGCCAAGUCGCUGAGCUUCAGUGGAAGGCUAUGGUGGAGGACAUCUACUUGAAGCAAGGCAAGUUUAGAAACUGCUUGGCCAUAUGCGACGUCUCCGAGAGCAUGAAGAGGGAGCCGGCAUGGAAAGGAAAGGUGAUCACUUUCAAUCGAAACCCUCAGUUGCUUGCGAUACAAGGGGAUGAUCUCAUGUCCAAAUGCGCAUUUGUGAGGAGGAUGGACAGCCAGGAGUGGCAUUGCAAGGUUGAUUUUCGAAAGGUAUUUGAUUUGAUUCUGGAAGCGGCUGUAAAUGGGAAUUUGAGGCCAGAGCAAAUGAUCACCAAGGUGUUUGUGUUCACCAUCUACUAUGACUUUGAUGAGAUUUCGGCCAAUCAAUGGGAGAGUGAUUAUGAGGCAAUACAAAUCAAGUUCAAAGAGAAAGGAUACGGGAAUGUGGUGCCACACUUGGUGGUUUGGAAUCUAAGCCGAGACAAUGUUUGGAAUCUAAGAGGAGGCGAGUCUACCCUGGCCGUGCCUUGUACGCAACCGGGGGUGACCAUGCUCAGUCCCUUCAUCAACAACAACUUGGUCAAUUCCUUCUUGGAAAAUGAUGGGGAUAUUAGCCUAGACCAUGUCAUGGAAGCAGCCUUCUCUACUCAACUGUAUCAAACUCUGGUUGUGGUUGACUGA